CAACUCGUGAAAAAUCUCCAACGAGAAGAAUAUCUAAUACAAAUUAUAGCUGCGAGACAGCAGUUGGAAGGACACUCGUUGGCAUGUAUCCAAGGAAUGGAUUCACCGCUUUCCCUUUUCUUUUCCGCCCGCUGUCUCCGUCCCAAAGCGGUUUAGCCUCCGCUGGGCACUCCGUCUUUCAACUUUCAAGUCUCCAGCGAUCGCGAAGACUCGCGUUCCAGUUUCGCUUUCCAAUGCUCCAUUGAUCGACGUAUCACCCAGUGAUGGAUUGGGAUCGCAGAAGAUUUGACGACCGCCGCGGGGGAGAAAGUUAUCGACCAGCCGAACGACCAGGCCGAUCGUCCUCUCGAGGAUACGAAGGCCGUCGACGCUCCCCGCCACGAAAUCGCUCACGUCCACGGGCUGACACCUGGGUACCAUCAAAUCGAACAUAUGGACGUCCACGCAGUCGCUCACCCGAGUAUCGACGCCGCUCCCGAACGCCUCCAUUCCAAGGUAGAGGGUAUGGACCAGGGUCGUAUGGUAGACGGCGGUCUCCCCCACGACGCUUUUCGCCGCGAAGAGAUGAUCGACCCCGAUCGCCUCCGCCUCCUUCUUGGCGGUCUCGAUCUCCUGCAUACAACGAGGGCAGGCCGCGCGAUCUAUCUCGAGGGCGCGGCAGCCCACGGCGGACCCGGGAUCCCACUCCGGCGAGUCAAGAUGUUCGAAGCGCCCGACACACGUCACCUCCUCUUCCCGACAACGACAGACCUACACAAGCUAUACCUACAGAUGCCCAACCGACGCUAGUAUUCCGCUCACAGAGUUCGGCCGACGCCCCUCGCCGAGAACAGAAUGCCGAUAAAAGAGCGCGACCAGUGUCACGGUCCAGACAAGUUUCACCUGCCCACGUUGCUGCUGCACCCGAAUCUAGCGCCACGUCUAGACGAUCCUCUCCCUCUAUCCAUCCUGACCGAACCGGUACUACCUCUAUUCGCAGUCGCAGCCGAUCCCCUGUUCGGCAAUCCCCCUCCCUUCGACCGCCACCAGGACCCCGGGGCCGAUCCCCGUACCGAGAUCCCCAUCGUCAAUCGGAGACCCUAGGGCCUCGAAGGUCGCAGGAUGAUUUUGCUCGUAAUUUAGAAAAGGCAGGCCCGGAUCUAGGUCAAUUGGGCGGUGGUCGAUCACCUGGCAAUAUUCCUACACAACCAAGGAACGCUGGGAUCCAUCCAGCCCCACCCUCGGGGCCCUCACAGGGGCUCAAGGUGGCCGCUCCUGGGCCUAAUCGAGGCCCUCACAAUAUGUCUUUGUUGUCUGCUCCCACCCGGCCCCGUCGUGGGCCCGGCUCGCGAGACGCCCCAUGGGCUGGUGCUUCUAUGGCGCGCCGUGGACCGCCUGCAGCGCCAGCGGCACACGGUGUGCCCUCUGGGCCACGUGCCUCCUUCUCAUCGCCCGUAACGGGAGGGGGAGGAGGUCACUAUCGACAUGCAGGUACUCGACAACACAGUGUGGCAUCUGCCAAUCUACCGACGGGACCGAAGGGUCCGAGCCAUCUUGCUGGGUUAAGCUCGAUUAUCCCGGGCGGGAGGGUCUUCCCCUCGACGCUGGAUCCCGCAACGGAAAAGCGUCUUCUCCAGCUUGAAACUGAUCGAGAGAAGCUCCUCGAACAGGUGAUGGAGACUCAAAGAUCCAAACGAGCCGGGCUGCGCGACUGGGAUCGGCUGGAUCGAGAGAGUUCCAUCUGUGCUCUCAAGAGCGAGUUGGCGGAGGGCCACCUACAGCGUAUGGCCGAGGAGAGCAGCAUUGGAGGUGGCGUUCUAUUCUGACGUUUCUUCUCCUAUCUUUUAAUGUGUUUUGUCCUUUUCGUUACUUCUUCACAGUGGUUUCAUAUGGGUGGAGUCUAUUAUUAUUCCCUGGGAAACGGCUGGUGGGUAUUUCUGAUAUCAUGGGACAUGGCAAUGGCAUGGUUAUUGUACAAUAUUGCAGUAUUUCAAGACUGACUUUAUUUCGCGCUCUUUUCCACUUUGAAACAUGAU